GAGAGAAGUGGUAAAUUCAGUACAAUUUUCGACUGGGCUCUGGAGCCAGCACUUCAACCAUGAAGGUAGCAAGCAUCUUUCUUCUCACUGCCUUGGUCCUGUUGAAUUUAUCUGGUAACACUAGAGCUAACUUCCUGGGAAGACAGGCUCAAUGUCCAAGUGGAGUGAGUGGAUGUCCCAGGAUCUAUAAUCCUGUCUGUGGGACAGAUGGCAUUACUUAUUCUAAUGAAUGCAUAUUAUGUGUUGAAAAUACGAAACGACAGACUCCUGUCCUCAUUCAAAAAUCUGGACCUUGCUGAGAACCAAGGUUCUGAAAUCCCAUAAGAACACUGUGAUGCAGUGGCUGGCCUGAUUGUUGAAUAAAAUGCAUCUAAAUAC